GUAUAUUUCUCUUAAAUAGAGAGUUUCGCUUCUAGGAAUGUGGAUAAUACCCAUUAUAGUCUCUAUACAUCAUGGAUGGUGGCGAUUUAUUAUAAUCUGGUUUGUUGUUACUAUACUUACUGGUAUUGUUAUGAGUAAAGCUCUCCAAAAACCAAUAUCAGGUACAACUCCACGACUUGUGUACAAAUGGUUUUAUUUGAUAUAUAUGUUAAGCUAUGGACUAGGAAUAAUUGGCUAUAUUGUGAUGAUGUUAACAUUGUUGGGUGUGAACCUCAUUUUCAAAUCAAAAGCCCAACCCUGGUUUGAUUUAGGUUUGAUGACAUUGUUCUAUGGUCUAUAUUAUGGUGUUUUGGGAAGAGAUGUAGCAGAGAUCAUUACAGAUAAAAUGGCUGCAACUAUUGGGUAUUACACAACAACAGGAGUUCCAGUACGGCAGUUAGAACCCCACAUUUGUGCAGUGUGUGGAAAUAAGAUAUUGAUUCAAGAUAACUCCGAAGCAAUUGUCGAAAAAACAUUUAAACUUGCCUGUGGUCAUACCUUUCAUGAAUUUUGCAUUCGAGGAUGGUGCAUUGUAGGAAAGAAGCAAACAUGUCCAUAUUGCAAAGAGAAGGUAGAUUUGAAGAGGAUGUUUUGCAAUCCAUGGGAAAAACCACAUGUAUUUUAUGGUAGUUUCUUAGAUUUUGUCCGAUAUCUCGUUGCAUGGCAGCCGUUGAUCAUAGUAUGUGUGCAAUUCAUCAAUUACACUCUUGGAUUAGAAUAAAAGAAAGAAAAUAUGAUCUGCAGAAUACAAAUUAAAACAUUUUGUUUGAACUUUUAUUUUUUCUGUCGAUGAACGUUUAAAACUUAACAAAGUGCCAUUCCCAUCCUUUUUAUAUUGGAAGUUGUCCCCAUUUAAACUUUAAUUUCUAAAAACAAUGUAAAUUUUUACAAAAGCAAAAGUCUUACUUAUGAAGAAUGUAUACAGUUAGGCAAGGAUGAUAAUAAAUCGUGCAAUUUUCUGAA